AUGCCAGUGCCUUCGUCCGACUCCGAAUCGCCAUAUCUAGAAUUCGUCCAGGCACCAGAAGGACGGAUUGAAGAUGAAGAUCCUCCCUACAUACCCAUGACAAUGACUGAUCAGAAUGGUUCUGUUCUUUGUGAAACUGAGAACUUUGACCUUCUGAGGAAGAUCAUUUGUCGAGAUGAUGUCACUACGCUCAAGAAGUAUCUCGCUAUUGCACCUCAAGUCAUCGAAGAGGUAGAUGAGCUUCCUUGCUACUACUCAUUCUUCUAUAUUGCAGUAUCCAGUGGCAGUCUCGGUGCAUUGAAAGUCCUUCUUGACCAGUACUCGACUGUCGUUACACCAGGCACACGGCUCAGCUUCAAACAGCGUGGAUUCCUUCUGCUGAAUGAAGCCGCGCGUCGGGCUCAUAUCGACAUAGUGCAAUUCUUGCUCGACAAUCAGCCAUCAUUUGCUGAUAUCCAGGAGCGGGAUCCUCAAGGCUGUACCGCCAUACUGGCCGCUGCUGAUUUUUAUUCGAGCAGAUAUAAAGAGGCUUUUGACUGGCAACCAUCGGUAGAGAGAAGCACGGCUGUAAUGGAACUGUUACUCGAUCGAGGCUCCUGCGCUUCUGACGUUGUGCUAGCAGAUGCAGGCCACAAGCAGUCAACCAUACCAGAUACUGUUUUGACUUUGGCUGUGCAAUGGGCAGGCUCUGGUAUCAUCAAGAGACUCAUUGAUGAAGGUGCCGAUAUCGAUGCCAAGGUCACAAAAGACUCGUUCCACCUAGGACUUUAUAACCAGGAUGGCGAUAUUCAUGAAGUUCGUGCUAUUCAUAUGGCUUCCUUUCAUGCCAACCCAGUUGCCAUCGAUACUUUACACAGUUAUCGUGGAGCCAAUAACCUGGAUACGGCAUCAGUCCGCGACAGUCGAGGCAGCAUUCCUCUUCAUUGGGCUGCGCGCAACCAAUUACGUAAACAGGCUCAUACUGUGUCUCGAUCUGAACUACAAGAGAGAGUUCACAAUAUCCUAACGACAAUUAAUCUUCUGCUAGAUAUGGAUCCUGCUACAGUCAAUGACCAAGAUAUUGCUGGAAAUACACCUUUACAUUAUGCUGUCCAUUAUUUCCUCGAGAAUGGCAAGCUAUAUACGGCAAUCUUCAAGGUUCUUUGCCAAAGAGGUGCAGAUGCAAGUAUUUACAACAGUAGCAGACAAACGCCAUUAUUCAACCUGCUCGAUCCUGAUGGUUUAUACAUCCCUGACGACACAGAAGCCAUAUCUAUUCUUCUUGCCAGCGGUGCAACGGUCAACGAUACUGAUAACGCUGGAAACACGGUUUUGCAUCAUGCAGCAAGGAAUCUACGCAAUGCAAGCGUGAUAUUGUUCUUGUUGAACGAAGGUGCAGAUGGUACUGCACAGAAUAUGAAGCAAAACACGCCUCUUCACAUAGCUGCUUCCGCUGAAUCCAUGCCAAAUGUGCCAAGCAACAGAGCGUACGAGAAGGUGAACGCACAAAACAGGAUUCUGUCACAACUGGCUACUGGAGGCGAGAUUGAGCUGCUGGACCCAAUGAGCAUGUCAAACUCAGAGGGCAAGACGCCGCGACAACUGUUGAAUGCGAAAAGAGAAAAGUGGAAUGAGAUUGAUCGUCAACUUGACCAGCAGCAGGAAUCUAUGGGCCGAGGUAUGGGCCGCGGUAUUGGUCGAGGUAGGGGUCGGGGUAUGCGUUAG